AUGUAUCUGAAUUAUGACGGUCGUGUAUUUAGUUUCUUCGAAGACCGCAUAUAAUAUGAAUUUAAUUCGCGCACUGUAAUCGAUUUGUUUUCGUCAAAAAUCGCGCCGAGUGUCAUGCUAAAUAAUAAAUAAAUUUAGUAUUUUAUAAGGAGCAUCGAAAACACUUACCAAGAUGGCAAAGGAAAUGAUGAUAGUGUUUGUGUACGACACACAGUGCUGCAUGGCUGAAGAAGACGAUCCCGCUGAAGCUGUGCUUUACUUUCACCCUGGAUGGGUGUCAGACACUCAGCGCUUAGCCCUCGCUGGACAGGUCGUCGGUGCUGCACACUGCAUUAAGUCCCUCUUCUCACAGCCGUUGGCCAUUACGUUGCAGAGUGGUAAAUUUAUUAUCAGAGAAUAUGGCAGAUAUAUUUUGGCAAUAGGCAGCGACAGAAACAUCCCUGACUGGGUGCUUAAGAACCGAGCGAGUCUUCUGACAUCUAUGAUCAAAGUAUACCAUGGUGACCUUCAAGCUCUAGCAGCUAGUAUGGAGGAUCAAAAGAGACUGGCAGAGAAACUCUACCAAAUCUUCGAGACAUAUCUACCAGUGCUUCAAUACGGUUGCCAUAUUUUCCAACGAGUGCCAAUGCUGAGUCUACCGAAGAGUGCCACGUCUAUUUAUAUGGAAUCAAUGCAAAUACUAGAACAUUGUCGUCGUAGUAAAGGAGUUUUAGGAGGUGUAAUACUUUACAAUAACAAAAUAAUUUCGACACAACUACCACCAAGUUUGACGUCAUAUUUAACGGUAGUAGACCCGUAUCGAAUAAAAUCUCCAGCUGAGAGCCUGGAAACACAGAUACCUUUGCCGUUGGGUGCUCAAUUAUUAGUUAUUUACGUCGGAAAGAAAACUUACAAUAAUCUAAAAUCACAAACUGAUAAAUUGCAAGAAUUCUUCCAAAAAGGAGAAGAAGUUGUAACAAAAUAUAAAAAGGCACAAGAAGCAGAUCGUGAUAGGGCGCGCGACUACGCUACAUCUGGUAUGAAAAGAGACAAAUCAUUACUCUUUACUGCCGUUCCCGAAGAAGACCAAUCAAUGAUAUCACCUCCAAACAAGGAUGAAAAUACUGGAGUAGAAAGAAAACCGACUAUGCCCGACGUUGUUCCUUUCACAAACAAGCCAAGACCUCGACCAAACAAACUCUCCUUAAGUUUUAAAACACAAAAAUCAUUAGAUGAAGAUGUGAAAGAGGACGAAAAAGUAUUCACUGGCCAAACCAGUGUCUGUUCCACACCUAUGGUCGAAUAUAAACGAUUACACGGCAACAUGCUAUCCAUAUGUCAAAAUCCUGAUAACGAUGACAAUUUAAAUCUCGAACCAGAUGUCCUACAAAAUAUAGAUAAUUGCACGAGCAUCGUUGGAGAUGAAAAACGUGAUAAUAAAAAAGUUUUAGACACAAAUUAUAUAGGCGAACAUUUCAUCAAUAAACCAGAGCCCAUACGUAAACUCGCAAGUGUCACAGAUCUGCAAGAAACGUUUAGAAAGCUUACCUCUAGAACUUCUUCUAAAAUUAAAAUAAAGAAUUCUAAAAUGGACGAUAAUUCUAGCCUGUCGCCGGAACACAAGAGUCAAAAUACUAUGACAAUUAAUGAUCCACUCUUCCCAGUAUUUAGGAAUGAUGGUGUAGCAAUAUCAGAAUCUCUUUUUAACCAAUAUCUUGAACAGUAUUAUUCAGGAAUCAAACAAAAGUCGAAAGAAGAAAAUAUGUUCAACUUCAAUUUGAAACUGUGUGAAUUGGAUAAAUUUAAAGAUUUCGACUCUGAUUUAAUGAAAUCACCGCAACGAACGCCUAAAAAAGUUGCCAAAGAAUCAACAAAAGCAUUACAAUCGGAUCAUUCAAAAAGAAAGUCUCUUUCAUUACCUUUAAAAUCCUUAUCAGAAAAUACAGAUACGCAAACGGGUUCUGACUCCGAAGCGAUUAGUUUGAAGAAGAAAUUAUCUGGUGUUCAGUUGACGCCUCUUAUGGAAAAAUUAAGCCAUUUAGCUUUUUCAGACAAAUCCAGCGGAUACAGUAGUAGAGUAAUGACACCUUUAGAAUUAAGAGAGUUCCUUACCCCGGCUUUAGAAAAACAAGUGACAUUUUCCGGGAGAACAAAAGAACAUCGCCAAGACGAUAGUGACGAAUCGGAUGCAGAAUCCGAUUGUGACAUAGAGUUGCUCCCAUCCUAUAGUGACAAUGCUGUCAAAUGCGCUCUUUUUGUAAGCGGCUUACACAAUAUGGCAUUGCUGGCCUUGAUUGAUAUGGAAGCAGCGAAUGAUGCUGAUACUAUUAAUGCUUUGUGGGAAACAUCAUUGAAUGCAUUAGGUCCAAUCGAGCAAAAGUGUAUGGAACCGCUGGCAACGGAAACGGACACUUCAGACUACAGCUACCUCGUACUCGACCCAGACUGGGGCACGGUAAAGAAGGGCGGACCCUGGGCCGCGCUCGAUAUCGCAACCAUGGGCUUCAUACACAACGAAUUUGAGGAACGACCGGAUUUGACCGAAUUCAUUUUACGGAGCGAGGACAGCGUGGUGCUGGGCGCGUCGUGCGGCCAGGCGCAGAUCUACUACCAGGAGAGGGGCGCGCGCCAGGCGGGCCCGCCCGCGCCGUCCGACGCGCUCGCCACCGCGCCGCUGCGCGCGCGCCGCCGCCUGCACCGCGACCACUCCGCGCUGCUCUUGUAAUGCACUCACCGAGGAGCCCGACGCCUCUCUCCGAACUCACUAUUAAUACGAGAUUCGAAUUCGUCUCCUGACGUGUACUAGGACUACGAUUCGGGGGUGAGAACUUUUCUCGAGUAUAGCCGAUGAGAUAAUCCACAUUCCGUAAUGUGAAUCCCAAUUUUUAAUUACUGAUUAAUUUAUUUUAAAAAUGGUACACGUAUAUAUCGUAUCUGUGUAACGUUAUAUAUGAAAGAAAAUUUUACGUCUUAACAUUUAUAUAUAUUACGAAAUAUUACAGAUACAAGAGGUGCCAUUAUUUAAAAAUAGAAUUUUCAUCAUUUCAUAGCAUAUAUUUUUCUAAAUUUGUUUUAUAAAUAUAGCUAUGUAAAUGAAUUUAAUCCUUAAUUUACUUAUUUAGGAAUAUUUAUAUUCUGAUGAAAAAUGAAUUAAGAGAAAAUGUAAUUUGGUAGUAAUUAUUGAUUUUUUGUAGAAUUUAGUCAGAUUUCGCAAGAUGAUUGAUUAUGAGAUUGCUAAACAUAAGGACUGACUAAGACUAGUCAUUAAACCUUUUCAUCUUAAUAUGAUCAAUUCCAACUAAUAAUCAAACGAAAAUCUUGCAGAAUCGGUCAGUUAGUUCGCAACAAUCCUGUCAGAUUGCUCUAAAUCCUUCUAUUUAAUAGGAGAUCUAGAUCUUUGCUCAUUUGGUCAUUGAUAUGGACAGAUAAUUUGAAUAAUAGUUUAUAAAUAUAGUAGCCAUUUUCGAUUUACUAGAAGGUAGACAACUUUUAAGAUUAAUUAUUCCGAUUGGGAGUCCUAAAAAUUCCAAGCCAAUUUCAUAUGUAAUAACCGAAUAUAGUUUUUAUAAUGUUAUAGCUUCUUGUUCACGGCACUAGUAUCAUCUGAUUUUGUCGACAACACUGAAACCUACUGAUGCCAAUAAUAAGAACCCGCAGCUAUACAACGCUGACGAUAAUUUAAAAAAAGUUUAUACAUUAUCUCGUUGGGGUUAUGUGUAGUAUCAGUGUUAUUUGAUAAUGAAUUUACUGAGUUGGACGUUUUCGCCUUGUUAAUUAGUUUUUCAUAUUGUAUAAAAGCAAUUUUUUCCUUGUGAAUUAUGCACUGUAAUGAAACGCAAUGAAACAGUGCCGUGAAGACAAUGCAACAAGAGGCCUAACAGUUAAUGACAGAUGGUUAAAGUAGAAAUUAGUUUAAAAUUUUCCUCAACUAUUUGACUAGACUACAUACUUAUUAACGUAAUUCUGUUCUCGUAAUUGCCAAUUUCCUAGUUAGUCCGUAGUAAAGUUUACAGGACAAAUACAUAUCUUUGAAUCCAUCUAUAAAAAAAAUAGAAAAUUAUAAAAGCUAAAAUAUUAAUUUGCUGCUCUUCAAUGCAGCUUUAUUGCCAACAUUCGUAAAGCUUCCUUACAUUGCAUUUAAAAAAACUUCUUAAAAUUAUUGACUGAAUUUGCAUCCGCCCAAAAAAAUUUAUUUAAAAUAAUUUCUCUUCUAAUAGAAUAUUCAAAUCAAGCUCGUACGUAAUUUUUUAAAUUUCCUUGUUUAUAAUCUAUAAAAAAAAAAAUAAUGAUUUAAACAGAUAUUGCUAAGUCGUACAAGACAAUACAGAACCUAUUUAUUAUAACCAGCCGAAUUGCGCAACAAAAAAUUUGUCUUCUUCAUCAUAAAGCUUUAUUUCUUUGGUUUAUAAGCUAGGUUUAAGAAAACUGGCAAAGUAUAUUUAAAUUAAUCUUAAAUCGUAUUAUUCCUUAAUAAUAGAUUAAUUAAGUACAUUUAGGCACAUUUAUGAAAUGCAAUGUAAGGUAUGCUUCUACAAUCAGUCCACCCAUUUUCAAACACAAAUAAUGUAGUAUUUUAAAAAUUAGCCUAACGAAAUUAUAAAUCUACGCUCACAAUUAUCUCGCCACUAGGUAGUAUGUUUCCGGCCACGUAGAAUAUAUUGCUAGUCUAUCUAUGCUCAAUCUUGCCAUCUUGUAGCUUCGUAAUUUAGCACUAUUAGAAUACAUUUUGGCCAAUUAUAGUUUAUAUCGUUCAUCGUACCUGUCACACUUGUUAUGUUUUAAGCUUCUGUUUAAUAUUAUCUAACCAUUUCUCGUUUAAAAUGUUUUGUGAGACUCGUUAUAUUACCGCUAUUGUUUUAACAUUUGUUUUUCUUUACUAAGUCUUUUAUUUUAGAUGUAUGAAACGUUAGAUGUCCGGUUUUUAUAUUCAAGAGACGAUUCGUUUUGCUUACGUUUGUAAAUUUCGUAUGUAUGUGUCGUGCAACUUAUAAGAAUGAUUGCAACGGCUUGUCACUGGGUAGCUAAAAAACGAUCGAUUACCGACAAUAGAAACCGGGCAUAAAAUUAUCUCGGUAAAAACAAAAUAAAAACCUGGAAAAAAAAUUGAACAGGUUCACACACAGAACAAAAUAUUAACAAAUAUCAAUUAUGAACACUUUCUCACGGUUCAUACUGUGUAUUCCGCUUACUGCGGGUUGUUAUCUCUACUUUUGUCCGUAAGUGUUUAAGAAAUUUGAGAUUUUAUGUUGUUUAUUUCGAGAAACGUGCUAUUUUCAUUUAUUUUGGUUUUUUAAACCAUAAUUUUAUCACAUCUCGACAUUCCACUUUUAUAUUUAAAAAAUAUAAACAGAACAGUGCAAACACCGAAUCGCGUCCAAAGCCAAAUUUUAUAUUUUUUCUAUUAUUGCUAUUUUUAAUCCUUUAUUGUUGUUAUAACCCUAUUUAUAUUUGUAAUGAGUUAGUGUACUUCGAAUAAAGAUAAGGAGUGCCAAUGCGUCACAGAAUUGUGGUAUUUAUUUAUAAUUAUACAUAGAUAACGAUAAGAAUUUUAAUAAAAACCCGAUAGUGAGAUUUUGUUAAUUGUACUACAAAAUGUAAUAAAUAUACCCCAAUAAAAAUAACGCAUACAUAAA